AUGCCACCUGCAUCCGCAAAUGACGGAGGGAUACUGUAUGUCCCGUCCGCUGCCACCAUAGCUAGUCACUGCCCCUCCAGAUGCGGGGACAUCAACAUCUCCUACCCCUUCGGCAUAGGGGCCGGCUGCUUCCGACAAGGCUUCCAGUUCGAGCUUACUUGCAACCACACCACUCAACCUCCAAAGUUGUUUCUGGGUAACAGCACAACUCAGAUUACUGACAUGUCUGGCAUUUAUGGUUCCAAGGUAUACAUCCCAGCUAUGUUCUUCAACAGUAGCUUGGAAGAAUCUGGUACGAACACCUACAAUAUAUCUUGGGAUGCCCCGGCCAAGGGUAUUACUAUCCCAAGGGGUAUCACUUUCUUCUUCCUUGGCUGCGAUUUUGAUGUUGACUUGUUUGACUCUCUGAGAAACCCAAUCGGUUCCUGCAUGAGCAGGUGCCACGGCAAGGUAUUGCCGAAUCAAGGGCCUUGCAAUGGUUUUGGUUGCUGUUCCAUCCGUCUACAAAACGACAUCUCAGGCUUUCAAGGAACAAUUGUUCGGGCUGAUAAUAUGGCAGGACAGUCAGAUCCUCUGCACCAUGGCAUCAUGGCUUUCAUGUCGGAUGAUGGAUAUUAUUACAUGGACAAUGCGACUGAUCUUUUCUCAAGUUGGACAAAUGCAAGCAAGAUUUAUGACACUGAACUUGAGGUUGCCAUCAUGGACCAACCAAGCUGCAAAAUCGCGCAGAUGAACAAGGCAAGCUAUGCUUGUGCCACCGACAGCUAUUGCCAAAAUGAGUCAUAUGGAGGUUACAGCUGCCACUGCUACAAUGGUUUUUCCACAGCCAAUGCUUACCUUUCCGAAGGAUGCAUGCAAGAUUACAACCCCAAGCCCAAUGAGCAUUGCCGGAGGUCAUGUGGCAACAUGCCCAUUCCCUUCCCUUUCGGGCUCGAAGAAGAUUGUUUCGGAAACGAAAGGUUCCUACUUAACUGUACAGCCGCAAAUGAGACGCUUUUUAGCACAGCAUAUGCACAGUAUCACGUGACUGGUCUGUCAGUAGAAGACGGGACUCUGACAGUUAGCAACGUGCUAAACAAUGCUAGCUCCUUGAAAGAAGUAAUAAUAGCUCUGGACACCGAAAGUCGAGUCGUGGACAUGGACGGCCCUGUGGAAGACGAAUUUGAUUUUUCUAUGGAAUAUGACAUUGUUAUACGAUGGGCUGUUACAAAUUCAUCUUGUGAACAAGCUAUGCAUGGGAAUAGAAGUAUACUAGGCAGAUUUAGACAGGAGAUUCCUUUUCAUCAGCUUGUUAUGCAAAUAUUGAUGAAUGCUCACUGCCAAACUACUGCAAAGGUACAUGUCAAAACAUUCCUGGAAGCUAUAGGUGCACACCGUGCUCUCAUACCCAAGAAUUUGAUUUCAUCAAGAGGAGGUGUGUUACAUCAGCUAAACAACGGAAUCUUCUUUUGGCAAGUGCAUAUAGGUAUUGCAAUUGGAACUAGCUGUGGCAUUGGAUCCAUAUUUAUUGCCUUGGGUAUAAUUAUAAUUGCCAAUAAGUGGAAAAAAGGCAUCCAAAGUAGAAUCCAACGAGCAUACUUCAAGAAAACUCAAGGUCUGUUAUUGGAGCAACUAAUCUCAGAAGAAAGUGCUACAAGCAAAACAAAGAUAUUCUCAUUGGAGGAACUAAAGGAGGCGACCAAUAAUUUUGAUGCUACCCAUGUUCUUGGUCGUGGAGGACAUGGAACAGUUCAUAAAGGGAUUCUAUCAGACCAACGUGUGGUAGCCAUUAAAAAAUCCAAAAUAGUGGAGCAAACAGAGAUAGACCAAGUUAUAAACGAAGUUGUCAUUUUGUCUCAAAUCAUCCAUCGUAAUGUGGUGAAACUAUUUGGUUGCUGCCUAGAAGAUGAAGUGCCCUUGCUUGUCUAUGAGUUCAUUUCAAAUGGCACUCUGUAUGAACUUCUUCACAGGGAUACUACAGUAAAAUGCUUGCUUUCAUGGGAUGGUCGCAUAAGGAUUGCAGUGGAAGCAUCCGGAGCUCUGGCUUAUCUACACUCAGCAGCUACAAUACCAAUUUUUCACAGAGAUGUAAAGUCUUCAAAUAUACUCUUGGAUGACAACUUCACCACAAAGGUUUCAGAUUUUAGUGCUUCAAGAUCUCUUUCACUUGAUGAGACCCAUGUGGUGACAAUUGUUCAAGGAACAUUUGGUUACUUGGAUCCAGAGUAUUAUCAUACCGGUCAACUAACGGCGAAGAGUGAUGUAUAUAGUUUUGGAGUAAUACUUGUGGAACUUUUAACAAGAAAGAAGCUAAUUUUUAUUAAUGAUUUAGGUGCAAAGCAAAGCUUGUCGCAUUUCUUCAUUGAAGGACUUCACCAAGGGUCUCUUAUUGAAACAAUGGAUACUCAAGUUGCGGAAGAAGCAGACCAGGAAGAGAUUAGUGAAAUUGCCUUACUUACAGAAGCAUGCUUAAGGGUCAAAGGAGGAGAGCAACCGACUAUGAAAGAAGUAGAGAUGAGGUUACAAUUCCUAAGAACAAAGAGACUGAGAAAAAGACAACAUUUACAUGGAAAAGAAGGAGAUAUUGAGCCUUUUCUAUGUGCAGAAGCUAAGAAUUCACUCGAACAUAUCAACCUAGUUAAUGCUACCCAUAUAAUACCUCGAGACCUCUAG